CAGGCAGGAAAGCUUCCAACCAGUCUUUUUGUUUGGAAGCUUUACUGUGGUCAUACUGUCUGGGUUCAUGUUGUAUCACUGGUCAUACUGUCUGGGUUCAUGGUGUAUCACUGGUCAUACUGUCUGGGUUCAUGUUGUAUCACUGGUCAUACUGUCUGGGUUCAUGUUGUAUCACUGUGGUCAUACUGUCUGGGUUCAUGUUGUAUCACUGUGGUCAUACUGUCUGGGUUCAUGUUGUAUCACUGUGGUCAUACUGUCUGGGUUCAUGUUGUAUCACUGGUCAUACUGUCUGGGUUCAUGGUGUAUCACUGGUCAUACUGUCUGGGUUCAUGUUGUAUCACUGGUCAUACUGUCUGGGUUCAUGUUGUAUCACUGUGGUCAUACUGUCUGGGUUCAUGUUGUAUCACUGUGGUCAUACUGUCUGGGUUCAUGUUGUAUCACUGUGGUCAUACUGUCUGGGUUCAUGUUGUAUCACUGGUCAUACUGUCUGGGUUCAUGUUGUAUCACUGUGGUCAUACUGUCUGGGUUCAUGGUGUAUCACUGGUCAUACUGUCUGGGUUCAUGUUGUAUCACUGUGGUCAUACUGUCUGGGUUCAUGUUGUAUCACUGUGGUCAUACUGUCUGGGUUCAUGGUGUAUCACUGUGGUCAUACUGUCUGGGUUCAUGUUGUAUCACUGUGGUCAUACUGUCUGGGUUCAUGGUGUAUCACUGUGGUCAUACUGUCUGGGUUCAUGUUGUAUCACUGGUCAUACUGUCUGGGUUCAUGGUGUAUCACUGUGGUCACACUGUCUGGGUUCAUGUUGUAUCACUGUGGUCACACUGUCUGGGUUCAUGUUGUAUCACUGUGGUCACACUGUCUGGGUUCAUGUUGUAUCACUGUGGUCAUACUGUCUGGGUUCAUGUUGUAUCACUGUGGUCAUACUGUCUGGGUUCAUGGUGUAUCACUGUGGUCAUACUGUCUGGGUUCAUGGUGUAUCACUGUGGUCAUACUGUCUGGGUUCAUGUUGUAUCACUGUGGUCAUACUGUCUGGGUUCAUGGUGUAUCACUGUGGUCAUACUGUCUGGGUUCAUGUUGUAUCACUGGUCAUACUGUCUGGGUUCAUGGUGUAUCACUGUGGUCAUACUGUCUGGGUUCAUGUUGUAUCACUGUGGUCAUACUGUCUGGGUUCAUGGUGUAUCACUGUGGUCAUACUGUCUGGGUUCAUGGUGUAUCACUGUGGUCAUACUGUCUGGGUUCAUGUUGUAUCACUGUGGUCAUACUGUCUGGGUUCAUGGUGUAUCACACUCACUAGCUCUUACAUUGACGUAUGUAAAUAUGUUAUUCAUUCAUUAAAUUCUUUUGAUUGAAUAUUCAAACCUCGUAUUAUUCCCAAGAUUUCACACAUUGCGGUAUAUGACUUUCUUAAUGGAUUCUCAUUUGUACUGGAACACUCAUUUAGCACAAAGUUAAAACAGGUGUUCUGUGGUUAUAGAGUUGUAGUUCUGUGGUUAUAGAGUUGUAGUUCUGUGGUUAUAGAGUUGUGGUUAUAGAGUUGUAGUUCUGUGGUUAAACAGUUGUUUGUAACAGUUGUUUGGAAAGCUUAGCCAACCCCUUCUCCUGAUAAUGAUUAAUUACUGGGAGAUAUUGCUCCAGCCAAACUAUUAACACACCUGCUUGUAAAAAGCAUGGUCCUGGUGAGCAGCUGAUUGGUUGAAUAACUUGUGUUAGAGCAGGGCUAGAGCUAAAGCCUGCACACCACUACCAGCAGAUGGCCCUGUUGGACAGCUGAUUUCAGAGUCUGUUUUCAGAACACACACACACACACACACACAGAGAUAAUGUUUCUACUCUCCUUCAGUAUUGUAACCGCUGACAGACAGAUGGAGGAUGAUUGGUGGAUAAUUGAGAAAUAAACAGGAACAUUUCCAUCAUCA